AUGAAGAUCUUUACUGUGAUGAAAAACGGCAGAACUAUGACGACUUCAAACCGAACCUUCAUAGUUUUUACAUGCUUUGCAUUACUAGCAUUCGCAAGGGGCAUUACAAGGUUGGCUUGUAAAGUCCACGGCGAUUUUAACAUCAUUCUUCGUGAUAUGAAGGACGCAGGGCCUGUCGGGAAGACAGUGACGUCAGCAACCGCACUAGCAUGCACCCAUAAAUGUCUCUCGUGGCCAAGUUGCAAGUCCAUUAACUUCAAGAAAGAAACGAAAUCAUGCGAUCUGUUGGAGAGAAAUUUCACGGAGAGUGAAGUGCACUUAACAAAAGACGUCGGUUCUGUUUACAUGACGACAGAAGAGGACCAAAUGAACCUAGGACCAACCUGUAAAGCAUUGAUGCCAUGCCAGAACGGUGGCACGUGCCAAGAUACCUGCGAUAAUAAAGGAUACAAGUGCACGUGUGUCCCCCCUUACACUGGAUACAACUGCGAGACCAUUAAAGAAUGGACAGUAUUUCAACGACGAGUUUCGGCUGACGUCGAUUUCUACCGCGAUUGGGCUUCAUAUAAAGUCGGAUUUGGUGAUCCAUCAGGGAACUUCUGGCUUGGCUUGGACAAAUUACAUGAGUUAGCAAAGCCUGGCGCAGGUGCAAAGCUCCGCGUCGACAUGAAAGUAAGGACUGGUGAGAGCUAUUACGCAGAGUACAGUAAAUUCGAAGUCGAAAAUGAGGCUGCUAGUUAUCGAUUGAAUGUCUCUGGAUUCACUGGGAACGUGCGUGAUUCGCUUGCAUAUCAUAGUGGCAACAGGUGGACCACUUACGACAGGGACAACGACCAGCGAUCCAAUGGCAAUUGUGCAACAAUAUACAAAGGUGCUUGGUGGUACAAUAGUUGCUAUCGAACACACUUGAAUGGUAUUUUUUUAAGACCAGGAGAGACUCAAAGAUAUGAACAUUGUGUAUGGGAAAGUAUUCCAUACAUGACUUUUAUCGAAAUGAAAGUCAAGCGAGGCAGUUAAAAAGGAGACUGGGUUCGAAAAGUACGAGGCCAAGGCAAAUUGAUGACUCGUUUUCAUUGCCGAAGAGAAGUUUUAUUCUUCAAAGGGUCAUCAUAAAGACAGUGCUAUAACGUUCUGAUUUGAAAAUGGCUUUGAAAAAGCAAACAUUUUACGACAUACUAAAAGCUUUUUCGUCUGACACUCCUCAGAGGAAAAACGUCAGAAUAGGUUCCGAAAGAAGACGAUGGAAAAUAUAUACCCAGUUGUGGAUCGAAAUAGGCCAAUCAGAAAACGCAAGCACAAGACCAGUAUGGCUGACCAAUCAGUGCCGCAAGCCUAAAGAAUGUCUAAAAGCUUUUAGUAUUUCGUAUAAUGUUUGCUUUUUUCAAAGCCAUUUUCAAAUUCUGUACCGCAAAAAAAUUGUUAACAUUCUGAUUCUUUGAGAAGUAUUGGAGAAAGAGACAAGAUAAUCUUUAUAAGGGAUUAUUGAGCUAUUUUUUGCACGUUUGUAAAAAACACUCAGGAUUAAUAGAAAACGUUGCUUGCACAACAUCGCUUUAUCAUUCAAAGUAUUUUGCACAAUAUAGUAGCAUGAAUGUCAUCUUUAUGACUUCGCAUUUCACUUAUAACGUUGUUUAAUAUAACUUUGCAACAAAAACUUGCUUUAUAAACAUUUGUUGUUUCUUGAAAACUGAGUAUCUUAUACCAAUAAAACAUAGACAUUCUAUGAAGCUGCAGGCAGUUAAAAAUAUAUUAAUAAAAAAGAGUGUCUUUAAAUUAUUUCCAACAUAAAUAUUCAUAGAUAUUUACACCUCGUGCAAGUCAUAUGUGUCUUUACUUGGAUCAAAUAAAAUCUAUUUUCCAAAUCAGCAAAAUUAAUGAGGGUAACCUAAAAGUAAAAGGUAUUUUGGAUGAAGCAAAGACAGGGCAAGUGUCAAAAUGAUAGUACAAGCAAGUCGUAUAAUACAAACAGCAUAUAAUACAAACAUUUUACUACAGAGCCUUUGAA